UAGAGUGAUUGAGGGAGGCGGGGACGCGCGUAGACAGGCUUUAUGAGAUGCGGUCAGUUUGCGAGGUGACAGAGCGGGCAGAGACCAGGAGAAACAGUCGAAAAAAGAAAAAGAGAGAGUUUAUAUCGAUGUGUUUGACAGACAGACAGGCGGACGAGAUGUUUUCGGACCGCUGACCCACCUUACACCCUCGGUUUGUUUAACGGUGGUGGGAGCAGGAUCGGAGCCCCCAGCAGGAACCACAUAGCCACACACUGACUCCGGGGAGAGGAGAGGGGGACCAUGGGCUCUGCUUCGUCCUCGUACCGGGUCAUUUACUUGGAUGUGGACGGCAGGAUUCAGAAGGUGGUCUUCAGUAGGUUCUGUAGCCCAUGUGACAUCAAGGAACUGUUCUGUACAGCCCUGGGUGUGCCAAGGAACACUAAUCUGUCCCUGCUGGAUUCUUCUGGAGCCAUGGUGUCCAUCGACCCCACCAUGCCGCACAACACAGAGAGGUCACCAUAUCGAGUGGUGCCUAUGACUGGAGGACAACUUGCUGAUAAAGAGGAACUCUUUCAGAAUGUACUGACGCAAGUAGCAGAACAGUUUUCAAGGGCGUUCAAGAUCAAUGAGCUGAAGACUGAGGUCACCAACCGUCUCGCCAUGUUGGAGAAGAGAGUAGAGUUAGAGGGCAUGAAAGUGGUGGAGAUUGAGAAAUGUCGCAAUGACAUCAAGAAGCUCCGCGAAGAGAUGGCAUCAAGAAACAACAGUAACUUCCUUGAAGAUAAUAAGAAGCUGACUCCUCGUAGAGAUGUGCCCUCCUACCCCAAGUACAUGCUGUCACAACAGACCAUAGAUGCCCUCAAAAAACCUGCCUUUGACGUCUGGCUGUGGGAGGCCAACGAGAUGCUGAGCUGUCUGGAACAUAUGUACCAUGACCUUGGCUUGGUCAAAGACUUCAACAUCAACCCCAUCACACUCAAGAGAUGGCUGUUGUCUAUUCAUGACAACUACAGGAAUAACCCCUUCCACAACUUCCGUCACUGUUUCUGUGUCACCCAGAUGAUGUACAGCAUGAUCUGCCUCUGCAGCCUACAGGAGAAGUUCACACAGUUGGACAUUUUGAUCCUUAUGACAGCUGCUGUGUGUCAUGAUCUUGAUCACCCCGGGUUCAACAACACGUAUCAAAUCAAUGCCAGAACAGAGCUGGCAGUUCGCUACAAUGACAUCUCCCCUCUGGAGAAUCACCACUGUGCUGUGGCUUUCCAAAUCUUCUCUCAGCCCGAUUGCAAUAUCUUCUCCAACUUUGACCCAGAGGCCUUUAAACAGAUACGACAGGGAACCAUCACACUGAUCCUGGCCACAGACAUGGCACGACACGGUGAGAUCCUUGACUCCUUCAAGCAGAAAGUCGACAACUUUGACUACACUGAUGAGGAGCAUGUCACCUGUCUGAAGAUGGUGCUUAUCAAGUGCUGUGACAUCUCUAAUGAGGUGCGGCCCAUGGAGGUGGCUGAACCCUGGGUCGACUGCCUGCUGGAGGAGUACUUCAUGCAGAGUGAUAGGGAGAAGGCUGAAGGGCUUCCUGUGGCACCGUUCAUGGACAGAGAAAAGGUCACCAAACCGACAGCUCAGAUUGGCUUCAUCAAGUUUGUCCUCAUCCCCAUGUUUGAGACUGUGAUGAAGCUGUUCCCACAGAUUGAGGAGGCAAUGGUGCAGCCACUCAGGGAGUCAAGAGACCGAUACGAAGAACUCAAACAGAUUGAUGAUGCCAUGAAUGAGGUACAGAAAAAGAAAAGUGAGAACUUGACCAUGGGAGGGAAGAAGAAAUAAACAUUUUUGAAAAGAACCAGUGAGAGUAGAGCAUCAGAGUGAAGCAGUGUGAUGUAAAUUGGAGUCGUGAGACAUGUCGGUUCGUUAUGGGCCAUCACUCUGUCCAAUUCUCACUUCAGCCAUGUUGAAGAGCAGCAGACCACCAGGAUGUGUGAUCUGAGAAAAUGUGAGUAGCAGCUCUCAGACAGCGUUACAAGCUAGUGAUGGUCUCAAGGACCAGAUGGACAAUCCAAAGCCUUUUUCAGGGAAUGUCAACAUUUGUACAGCACAGACUACUUCACUGAAAAAUAUUUAGAUACAUAUGCGCAUUGUUUUUUAUUUGAAAUGUGUUGUUUUUUACAGAUUGUACAGAUUUUUAGUGACAUUUGUUCUUUCCUACAUGAAAAAAUAAAGGGAUUACUAAUUACAAAA